AGCGCGUAGUAUAUGAAGACUGGCAAAUGUCAGAGGUGAGCAAUGGUUGUUAUAGGUGAAGUGCCGAGCUACGUAUACGUGAUGGGCAUUCAAACGGUCAUGUCGCCUACGUCAUUAAGCCGCCAAGACUUCGAGGAUAGCAUCUGUGGCGGGUCUUGCGAUGUCCACAGACCUUCUCCCCAAUGCUGCUCCGGACGCCGUGCGCACGUCGGAUCGCCUGGGUUAACGCAAAUCGCACGCAAUGGCGAAGAAUAUCGCUGCGAUGCUAUUCUUCAGCCAAUUCGGCGGACCCGCCGUGGUUCCAAGAGCUGCGCACCGAAAUGUUGCAGCGAGACGUCACACAUCUUCCUGAGUUCAUCGCCACUCCGCACGAAUUCAAGCUAUCGCAAACCAUCACGGGCUUCUUACCUCGAGAAUGGUGCUAUGCCCCAGGUGUGCGUAGUCGCAUGGUGCCGUUUGGCCAUCACUUGAUAUGGUUCAAUCCCGCGGUGCGGACUCCCGAGUUACUUCCAGAUGGAACAGACGCGUCGCAGAGCCCGGGCGGGCCGUGGGUGCGGCGCAUGUGGGCUGGCGGCUCGAUACAAGUACGACCCGACGAGUAUUACGAUCAUAACCGCGGUUUUAGAGUCGAAUUUCCCAUGUCUGGGACGGAGCACAUAAAGCAUGUCCGACUGCAUGGGGAAGGCGACACUGCCAAGAUCUUUGUCACGAUCGAGCGGCGCUUUGCACGGGUGGACAGCGUAGGGAGAGCGUACAGUGCGAAGCAUGGAAAAUUAGGAAAGGAUGGAGGCCGCAAACUGAAGACUUAUCUCGAGCAGCAGUUGCGCGACGGCGAUGAUUGGGGCGAUGCCAUCGUGAAGGAGGAGCGUAACCUGGUCUUUUUCAAAGAGCGCACCGCUGCAGAAUUGGAGGCAGUCAAAGCCGGCCAGAUGGCCACCGUGAAGUAUUUACAGCCCCCUGGGAAGCCAGACUUCUCACAUGCCCUCACCCCCGACCGCGCCCUCCUGUUUCGCUUCUCCGCUCUUACCUUCAACGCCCAUCGCAUACACCUCGAUCCGGAGUACGCUCGCAACGUCGAAGGCCACCGCAACCUGCUAGUCCAUGGUCCUCUCUCCCUGCUCCUCAUGUUGAAGACCAUGAAGCAUCACCUGUACACACAGACCGAGGGAAAGCAAGAUCUAGAGUCCAUCGAGUAUCGCAAUCUAGCGCCGCUGUACUGCGACGAGGAGAUGCGCAUAUGCGGCUUGGAGAAGAAGAAAUUGCAAAAUGGCAGUAUAUACGAUGUAUGGAUUGAGGGGCCGACUGGAGGUGUCGCUGUCAAGGGCACUGUUUACACCACAGUAAAGAAGACCUCAGCAAUCCAAGCACGCACCAACAAAGCACCUAGGGUAUCGACCGAUAAGCCGAAACCGCUGGGACCCGGUUCUAGGAGGCCAGACAUCACAGCACUCCACGCGGGUACCAAGAAGACGCCAAAAUCGCAAAGUAGCGGUCAAAAUCACAUCGCAUCAGGGAGCGAACGGUCAUCCCAAGACUCGCCGGUACCUUCAGAGCUUACUACAAGUUCAGAGUCCACUCCAAGCUCAGAGCCUACCAAGAACCCCGAGUCCCCGACGAGUUCUGAGCCUCCAUCCCAGCCCCAAGGUGAGACUCCAAACAAACCUACUCCCAGUGAAACUACUUCUCAACCAUCAUCUAGAGAAGUAAACCCCACAAGCACACAAACAACAAGCCGAACGUACCGUCGCAAGCGUGCCACUAACACCACGGCCUACAACUUCAUUUCCCUUCCUCCCAGCGAAGCACCGUCUGCUCGCGUCGUCGACUCGUACAAGCCAGUGAAACCGACGAUAUCGAUACGUUCAAGGGAAAUCAUACGACGCGCUCGUCGGCGUGUCCCAAAGGACGUUCGUGUCGAGCCUAUACCGCUGGUUCGCAGGUUCGAUGCGACACCGUACACUCCAGACCCCGUUCGCACGGCUUCGAGACAUAGCAGAUAUCUGAGGGAGGGCGUUAGGAAGAUCGAGAAGCCUAGUGUUCGCCUUGUUGCGGAGCAGCUGUCUGAGCGUGCGGCGCUGAGGAAGAGGAUCGGCUUUAGAUAUGUGCAUCGGUGAGGUCCUCGUUCGGUGAUGGCGGUAUUGUACCCUUUGUAUGUACGAUCAUCGUGUAAAUAAAUAAGUCCGACGACACACUUUCAAGCACUUAUUGGCCUGUCUCGCGUGUGCACCAUUUCGUCA